ACCCUCCUCAUCCUGUGGAUGCUAUUCCCCACCGAGCAGUACGAUCAGCUGAAAGAGGCUGUCAAGCAGAUGCCAAGCGAGACCAAUGAUGUUGCCGAUCAACUCCCCCCUCCUCCACCUAUAGAACAAGGUAAUGUCAACUAAACGCACAUGCCAAGUAAUGCCACUCACUAAUGGGAUUUUCUUUGUAGAUAAAGAUGUACAGCCCGCCAAUCCAAAAUUAACGUCUAGUCAUUGCACGCAGCCUCAUCCAGGCAAACCCUUAAUUCAAUAUGCACUUAUGAUCGACGCUGGUUCAUCAGGCUCUAGAAUUCAUGUUUAUCGAUUCAAUUAUUGCAAGGCUGAUCCCGAGCUGGAAGACGAAGUCUUUUUACCCAUCAAGCCCGGUCUUUCUACCUACAAAAAUGACCCUAUUGCCGCUGCCAAGAGUUUGGAUCAACUGCUAGAAGUUGCUCUUAAGACUGUCCCCAAGGAACUUCAUCACUGUACCCCGAUUGCCGUCAAGGCUACUGCUGGUCUCCGAGCUAUUGGCCCUGAGAAGGCUGACGAUAUCCUCAAAGCGGUUCAGAAUCAUCUCGAACAUGACUAUCCAUUCCCUAUUGUCAAGAAGGACGGUGUGGUGGUCAUGGAAGGUAGAGACGAAGGUGUUUACGCUUGGAUUACCGUCAACUACCUCCUUGGCAACCUUAAGGGAAGCCGUCACGAAACUGCUGCUAUUUUUGACUUGGGCGGUGGCUCCACACAAAUUGUUUUUGAACCCAAAUAUCUCGAUACGGACCGCAUGGCCGAAGGUGAACAUAAGUAUCAGCUCAAUUUUGCUGGUCAAAGUUACGAUCUCUACCAACAUUCUUACCUUGGCUAUGGGCUCAACUAUGCUCGUGACACCAUCAAAGAAGAGAUGGUCAACGCCUGGGAAGAGCAUACAUCCGUUCAACAUCCCUGUCUCUUCAAAAAUUACACUGAAUCCUUUAAGCGUAAGGACGAAUCCGAAGUGACUUUGGUUGGAACUGGAGCUGGCCAUACCCAAUGCCGUGGCGUGGUGGAAAAGAUGAUGAACAAGAAUGCCAAAUGUGCUUUAUCGCCUUGCUCCUUCAAUGGUGUCUACCAGCCCUCCUUGCAGGAUACCUUUGCCAGUCAUGACUUAUUCGCUUUCUCCUACUUCUAUGACAUAACCCAACCAUUGGGCAUGCCUACUGAGUUCAGCGUUGGAAGCGUUCGCGAGAUGGCUGAGAAUAUUUGCGCUGAAAACUUCUCUGCUAUUGAACACCACCCUGGUGCCGUUGAAGCUGUUCGUGCCAACCCCAACUACUGCCUUGAAUUGACCUACCUGCAUGAGUUGUUGCGAUCAGGCUACGGCAUCCCUGAUGAACGUAUGGUCAAGACCGCUCAAAAGAUCAACGACGUUGAAACCGGCUGGAGUUUAGGUGCCUCCAUUGCUGUUCUAGACGAAGCUCAGUUAUGCCUCAUCAAGUAAAAAAUAGUACCUAGCCUCCCAUUUUUUUCGUUUCGUUUACAAUAAUGUGUAUUUGCUUCUCAUCCUCCAAUCCUAUCUGUUUUUUUAAAAACCCGCAAUUCAUUUACCAGAAAUAAAAUACAACAACAGAUCAUCCAUUGUAACUGAGUAUGGAAAGGAGUUUAUAGUUAACUAUACUUCUUGAAGAAACACAAAAUGAUAAAGUCCAAAUCGUUAAAAGCGGGAAGGAAAAAAACAGCAAAAUAUACAAAAACUGAUACGAAAAUAGGGUAAAGGUGUAGAGCACGGCAAGAUCAAAG